GGAAGCGGAAGGGGCGGGGCUCCGCGGGCCAAGUCUCCAGUACUGUCGCCGCCACCGCCUCCGCCAACCGGGCCCGAGCGGGCUGGGCCGCUGAGGCAAGAUGGUGGACUACAGCGUGUGGGACCACAUCGAGGUGUCUGACGAUGAGGACGAGACGCACCCCAACAUCGACACGGCCAGCCUCUUCCGCUGGCGGCACCAGGCCCGGGUGGAGCGCAUGGAGCAGUUCCAGAAGGAGAAGGAGGAGCUGGACAGGGGCUGCCGCGAGUGCAAGCGCAAGGUGGCCGAGUGCCAGCGGAAGCUGAAGGAGCUGGAGGUGGCCGAGGGUGGCAAGGCGGAGCUGGAGCGGCUGCAGGCCGAGGCGCAGCAGCUGCGCAAGGAGGAGCGGAGCUGGGAGCAGAAGCUGGAGGAGAUGCGCAAGAAGGAAAAGAGCAUGCCCUGGAACGUAGACACGCUCAGCAAGGACGGCUUCAGCAAGAGCAUGGUCAAUAUCAAGCCUGAGAAGGCGGAGGAGGACUCGGAGGAGGUGAGGGAGCAGAAACACAAAACGUUCGUGGAGAAGUACGAGAAGCAGAUCAAGCACUUUGGCAUGCUUCGCCGCUGGGAUGACAGCCAGAAGUACCUGUCGGACAACGUCCACCUGGUGUGCGAGGAGACGGCCAACUACCUGGUCAUCUGGUGCAUUGACCUUGAGGUGGAGGAGAAAUGUGCGCUCAUGGAGCAGGUGGCACACCAGACCAUCGUCAUGCAGUUCAUCCUGGAGCUGGCCAAGAGCCUGAAGGUGGACCCCCGUGCCUGCUUCCGGCAGUUCUUCACUAAGAUUAAGACGGCUGACCGCCAGUACAUGGAGGGCUUCAAUGAUGAGCUGGAGGCGUUCAAGGAGCGUGUGCGGGGCCGUGCCAAGCUGCGCAUCGAGAAGGCCAUGAAGGAAUAUGAGGAAGAGGAGCGCAAAAAGCGGCUUGGCCCUGGUGGCCUGGACCCCGUUGAGGUCUACGAGUCCCUCCCUGAGGAACUCCAGAAGUGCUUUGAUGCGAAGGACGUGCAGAUGCUCCAAGAUGCCAUCAGCAAAAUGGACCCAACUGACGCAAAGUACCACAUGCAGCGCUGCAUCGACUCUGGCCUCUGGGUCCCCAACUCCAAGUCCAGUGAGGCCAAGGAGGGGGAGGAGGCUGGCCCUGGGGACCCACUGCUGGAAGCCGUCCCCAAGCCAGGCGAUGAGAAGGAUGGCAGCGUGUGACCAGCUGCCACUACUCGCCUGUCUGCAGGCCCCUGUGCCCCUUUUACAGAAAAUGAAAAUAGACAGCGUCACCCCAGCUCCUGGCUUCUCCACUCUCACUGCUCCCCCUAGCCUGGGGGGCCUGCCCUGCCCUUCCCUCUCAACUGCUCCUGCUCCCCAGCGUUCAUCCAAGUCUCUGCCUUGAGUCAAGGGGCUUCACUGCCUGCAGCCCCCCCAUCAGCAUUAUGCCAAAGGCCCCAAGGUCCAGGGAGGGGCAGAGGUCAACAGGCUAGUCCACCGGGUGGGGGGAGGGUCCCCACCGAGGGGCCUGCUUGGUCACUAGGCUCUGUUUUCACUGUUGGCCUCCUGUCUAGUCUUCUGUUUGGUAAACAGCAAAUGAUCUUCCAAUAAAGGAUUUCAGAUGUUU